CUUUUCAAUACAAAAAUUUCGUCAUUUGAGGUAAGUCCUAGCAAGAGAGAGCAACUUUUUACAACAGCAGCGUAAAUAAAAAUGAGAGUGUUGCCAGCAGUUCUAACUUUGACUCUUGUUACAACGCUUAGUGCAGUAAGUAUACAUAAGUAAUUUGUUUGUGAACUAAUUGUAGUCUUGUAAAUAAAUGAAAUACAUUUUUAUCCAUAGAGCUACUAAUUUUUAGUCUAGGUAGGCAAGUCUUCUGUAUGUUUGAUGUGUGACUUAAUAUAGACGCACUCAUGACAAAAUGAGAGAGAAUAUUAAAUUUACACAAAUUUUACGCGCCAUUAAUUGGGUGUUUUAAUGUUUGGGAUAAACACGCAGUAAAUCGAGUUACAUUUUCGUGACUCUAUUAAUUUUGACACGGCUGAAACAGAUUCUAUAUCCUGCAUUCCUGCUAUCGUUGUUCACUCCCUUCAAUAAUAUUCCGUACGUUGUCUGCAGAAUUAUUUAAUCGACGACCCUGACUGGACCUCUAGAGAAAACAAUGUGGAACUGAUACUGUUAUUCAGUAUCACUAAAUGUAUGGCAGAGCUGUCUAAAUCUCAAUUUAAACACAUCAGGUAAAUCCAUACGAUCCUGGCAUUUGCACAAAAAAGAAGAGAGGAAAAUUUAUGGUUGUCAAAGAUUAUGGUGAUGACGAUAAAAUCGUGGUUUGUGUUGAACAUCACGGAAAAUAUAAAUGGGAUAUGAUCAAUGGUAUUUAUGUACAAGUAACUUAUUAAAUUAAAUAUUUAAAUAACAUUGCUUAAAAGGUGACUGUGUGGCUUUCUCUACCUGUCUUGGCUUGCCACCCUGGGGAGGGGGGAGUACACCCCACAACUUGAAUAUUUUGCCACGAGUAUAAAUUUCUUACUCUUACUAUUAUGAUAAUAAAAAAUAAUUCGAACUUUUGUAACAAAUUAGACUAAUUGUUGCCCUUGAUCAUGUUAUUGCUCAGGUUAUUCGUAUGGCAACUAUUUUGAUCCAGCAAAAGAUUGUUCAGAUGUUGUUGAUAAUGUUCCAAAAGCUAAGAGUGGAGUUUACUGGAUUCAAACAGUAAAGGGCCCGGUCAAAGUAAGUCAAAAAUAAUGUGUGAUUUAUAAUCAGAACUUUGUUGCAGAUCCUAUACAUCUUUGCCUAAAAAUUCUGCAUUUUCAACUAUCUACACCUCAAAGUUCUUAUCUCGCCAGAUUCAAUCUCAAAGCGAAUUCGUACGCAAAUAUAACGGCGUUCUCCCAGUAAUUGCAGUCCUAGGGUGAUUCGUGCACAUGACCUUCACUUUCAGGUUUUUAUAUUUGCAACCGUGGCCCAAUUAUCAUUUGAUUUAGGCCUGGUGUGAUGUUGAUACAUCUAGUGGGGAUUCUUGUUGAUUGGUGUCAAAGAUACACCUGAAACCUGGGCUAUCCCUUCCAAUUCCUCCCUUGUUCACCCUCACGGUCUGGCGAGGUGGUCGAGUGCAUUUGGUGAGAAGAAUGUGUUAGAUUUUUGUGUACAGAUUUCAACGAGCAAAGAUUUUCAUGAUACCCGAGCACACUGGUAUGUGACAUGUUGUUGUUGUUUGUUGUUGUUGUUGUUUGUUGUUGUUGCUGUUGCUGCUGCUGUUGUUGUUGCUGUUGCCGCUGUUGUUAUUGUUGCUGCUGUUGUUGUCGCUGUUUUGAUUGUUGUUAUCUUGAAUCAAACACAGCGUAAUUACUCCACUUUAGGUAUUAUCGUUUCAGAUCCCCACGCAUUCUUUCAAAAUUACUGAUGUCCGAUGAAGGAGGAUGCAGUCAUCGAUACCCAGGGAUUGGGAACAUUGCCUACGUUAAAGAUCUUAUGACUAGAAAGAUGGCAACAACGACGUUUAAUUGCUCCCGAUUUGGAGCUUCAAUUGCACCUGGACUGGGAUGGGUAAUGUCACCCUAUCCUACUUUUAAUAGUAGCUUUAAUCCCAGGGCCGUAGGAAGCUCUUUUCGAUUGGGAGGGCUGAAAGCGAGGGCCGAAGGCCCGAGGAAAUUUUUAAAUUUAGAGUCUCUAAAAUGCCAUUUCCUGGACUUUGGGGGAAGAUUUAACAGAAUUCUGAUAGUCAGAAAACAGCGUUUUAGUAUGUCGAAAUUUACAGGAAAGUAUGCGCCAGACUGUAGUAUUAUAAAUGCGCGGCGGGAAUUUUCGUCGUAAAUGGCAGUUGCGCGGAAAUGAAGGCAGAACAUUUGAGAAAAUUUCGAAAAUCUGGAGUCUCUAGAUGGUCUGAAAUGGCAUUUUCAGAGUUUUCUUUCGCAAGACCCAACACGCAAAAAUACAAAAUAAAUAUAAAAUAAAUCAUUAGUUCAUCAAAAAUGUGCAGAUUUUGUGGGAUUUUCUUGAAAAUGCGCGACAGAAAUUCAGCUAAAAUUUCUACGCGAGGAACGAUCUGGAGUAUGAGUAAUAUCUUCAUUCUUUGCAGUUUGUCACAGAUUAAAUGAUAAAGUUUGCAUGAUUUUGAAAAAAGAAUGAUUAUUAGCAAAUUAUUGGGGGGUGGCUGCAGCCCCCAGCCCCGGUUGCUACGGCCCUGAAUCCACAAGAUUUUAAUUUAUCUACCUUGCAGAGUACUUCAUUUUCCAUCAUUUUUAUUCCACCAGGAGAAAAUGAACAGAUGUUUCAAAGAAUCAUGCCCAAUUGGUUUUGCAUAUCUUCCUGGUUAUCAUAUCGACACAUCAGGCUCGUACAGGUAAUUAUGUUAUGGUUUGAAUUAGAAAAUACAAACAUUUUCACAUACCGUCAUGCUGUUUUCCUUCAUGUAGCUACAGUGUCAUGUCGGGACGUUCAGGCAUACAGGACAGUCAAACAUCAUUCAUUGGAUGUGAUCAUGGAAAGGUAAAGUACAUCUAGAAUAUAAACGAGGAAACAUUUGAUUUGAGCGACAGAAUUGUAUUGGAAAUUGGAAAACAUUUGGUCCCUUGCCAUACGAUUUAAAGUGAUUCAAUCUAAAUUGGUAAAUUAUCAACCUUAAUAAUUUCAAUUUGCAAGCAAGGAGCCCUAGACAAAAUUUUAUCAUUAGUCUCAGUUUUUUAAAGUUUUAUAUCAAACACAACAUUGCAUUCAGUCAGUUUGUUUACUGUCCAUUCGACUAGGCCUUGUCCGCCAUUUUUGGUAUAUAUAAAUAAAAUAUUUCCCGAUUCGGCAAAAACCUACAAUGAUGGCCAAAUGUUGUGGAACGUAUAGUGCGAUUUCGUGUUUUUACCCUUAAUUUGAAUAAAGAAACCCUUCCCCCCAGUCAAUGUUGUUUGGGACUGUUUUCUGCUCGGAAUAAGCAUCACACAAUCUUAUUUAUUAACGCUAGGAUCAACAUUGGAAAAGGGGCCGGGCGAGCUCCUUUUUCGCGAAAUCUAUGACAAUAUUAUAACUCGCGCGCCUUUACCUUUAAAUCAGCUUGCGUUCUACAAACAUUUGGCUAUGAUUGUAGCAUAUAAUGCGAUGUUACGAUUUUACAGUGCUGUGCAUGUUUUGGUCCUGACAGUAAGCAGGAUUACUGCGCACCAAAAUGUCAAGCAAUCAAUGGGGGAACUGUUUUAAGAGAAAAGGACAAUAUCACAGUUUGGUUUUGGAUCCGUUCAUCUUUACCAAAACGUGUUUGGAAAAAAUGCAUGGAGUUUAAAGAAAAGAACGAUGCUGGAAAAAUAGAAACAUGGCGUGUCGAGGAUGGAAUAAGGAGAAAGGUAUGGUAGAACGAAACUAGAAAUAUACAGGUAGGUAAGUAAGUGGGGGUGUGCCAGUGAGCUCCAUAUUUUACCUGGAGUAAGAACGUCAGUCAUUCAUGGCGGCCAUUGACGUCCAAUAGCUCUGAAGGUCGUAAACAGCUUUUAUACAAUCCCCCCCCUGCUAAUUCCAGUUUUUGGUCGAUGUCAAAAUACGAAAUUUCGGCACACUCCUUGCCCAAUCUCAUUCCCCGAGCCUGCGAUCCUCGGGAAGGAACGUGAGGCUCUGGGAUAAUCCGUUUCAGGGAGGAAUCUGAUUGGCCGUUGAUAUGGAAUGCGCAGUUCGGUCUUAGCCAGGAUUCCUGGCUUCCGGCAACGGAUUAUCCCAGAGCCUCACGUUCCUUCCCCAUGCAGGAUCGCAGGCUCGGGGAACGAGAUUGACUCCUUGCAUGCGAAGAUGGCGGAAAUAGAAGGAGCUAUUGAAUGUCAGUUCCAGUCCUUUUCUGUUGUUUUUAUCUGUGCGGUUAACGUUCUCGAGUUCUCGCUCGAGCAAAAAAAGCAAAGCUGAAUUACGGACGCUGCUCAGCCUGGUCGAGUCGAAGGCUUUCUAAGGGCGCCUCUGGUAGCCACCUUAUGACUCAUGUCUGAUCACGGAGCACAGCUACGGUGAAAGGGUCAGUUCUACAUGUUUUAAAAUACAGUUUAAGAAUUAAGACAAGGUAUAUAUUCAACAGACUGGUGCAAGAUCUGAAACAAAACCAUAUGAGGUCCCCCUUAUAAGACAUUUGUCUAUAUAAUUGUUCAUAUGUAUUACUUGUUUAGGGUCCAUGUUCAGUUCCUGAAGAUGUCACAAUUAAUGAUGGGGUAAGCUAAAAGUCAUUAAGUAAGUUUUUUAUGUAUUAUAUCAAAUUAUUUCCCCUGCUUAGCAGAAAAUCUGAGCCAAACUGCAUUUUCCCUGUGCUUAGAAUAAUUCUUCUUGUGGUAUCACAACAUCAAACAACAUCACAGCAUGGUUUUGUUGAUUUUUUACAGGUUGCAGUAGUCCCUAACAAUCAAUCAAUGAACAAACUUCCAAAGGUGGAAGGUCUUCUUUCCUAUCUUUCUGAUAAGAAGCUGUAUAUCAAAGAAAAAUCUCAGUGGACAGCAUUGGCAAAUCAGAAAGAAGUACGUUUUACCUCCAGUUUUGCUGCCGAUAUUACUUUUCAAAAUGUAAACGUAAAAUUUCCCUCCCCGCCUCAACUCCCGACAUUUUAAAACUGCCAGCUGCGACAGACAGGCAUUUACUCGGCGUACUUGAUUUUGUGGAAUAUAAUAGCUAAAAUACGACGAAGAAUACCGAGUCUUUUAACACACUGAAAAGACUGGAUGGCACAAUUAUUAUCAUAGUGUGCAAAGAGUUAUGCAUGCGAAGGGCUCAUUAGGAGAAAAAUGAAUUGCGACAACGCCUGUUGAGAGUAGGUCAUGGGAUCACCAAUUGAUCGGCGAUUUUAAGCGGUAAAUGAAAGUGUUAUUAUAUUAACCAAUAUAUCUACAGGAUAAUUACGCCUCGCAAUUAAUUAAGAAUUCACGUAAUCUUGUCUUUUUCAUAAAAAGAUUAAAGAUGUCAUUGGAAAGCUUGACAGUUUCAAGCAAGAAAUCAACAAUAAACUUACGACGGUGAAUAAAGGUAAUAAAGAACUGAAAAUUAAUAUAAUAAAGAAUUAUGAAAAUUAUUAGUAAGUUUUAUUUAGAUGCUUUAUGUCGAUGUUUUAUUUUAUAUUUUCUAUUAGUUUAUGGGCUAAUACCACUCUUUCCCUUUUUAAACUAUGUUAAAGUGCUGACACACAAAUCAUGCAAACAAAUAUGGAUGAGUCGAAGGUAAAAUGAGGGUACUUAAUGGUUUUCUUUACUUUGCCAUUGUUCUAUCUUUUUUCAUGUUUGUGCAAACAUGAUAAAGUAAUUAUCAACUGGUAUAAUUUCAUCGAAAUUGCUCAUCCCGCGUUCUCAAUUAAUCGCACUCUUGGAAUAUUCUUAACCGCACUAUUUUCAAAAGAUUUGUACAAGCUAGUCAUCUCAAAAUACAAAAAUCGUCGCUCAUUAUAGACGCUUUGAGUUUCCAGCGAGUUUUCUACAUAAGUUAUGUAAACCAAAAAUUAAAUGCAGAAUAUUUCGUUUAUCUUACAGAAACAAUGGAGAUGGUGUUUACAGAAUCAGUGUUAAGAACAGUCAAGUUAUGGACGUGUACUGUCAAAUGACUAACGUCUCAGGUUGCAAAGGUGGUGGUUGGACAAUGGUGAUGAAGAUUAACGGAAGUUUGGUAAGCCAAAACGAGACCACAGAAUAAGUCAUACAGUAACCAGACUUCUUGGUUUUUCCUAUGAUUUUCCUAUGAUUUUGGCGUAACCGUAAUUCGUCAUCAAAAUGCUGACGCCAUGGUCCUAGCCAGUGCGCGUUUGAGAGGCAUUCCCCCCUUGAUAAUAGUGAGCUUAACCAAGUGACGUUUUUGACAACACGGACGUCGAUCGGAAGUAAAAUUGACGUUUUGCACCAAUCACAGCCCUUGACCCAGUCUUUUGACGUUACUCAUGCCGUUCGUGUUGUCAAAAACAUCACUUGCUUAAGCUCACUAUUAUUCAAAAUGGCGGACGUCCAGGAGGGGGAAUGCCUCUCAAACGCGCACUGGCUAGGACCAUGGCGUCAGCAUUUUGAUGAUGAAUCAUGGCGUGGCAGCAGUUACUCGAGUCGACCUUCUGUGUAUCUUUAUUCUGUGACGAGGCUCUAUGGCCAAGAUGACGUCUUUCCAGAAGGGUGUAAAGGACGAGGUUUCGGGUGAAGGUUGGGACUAAAUGUAACUUUGGGAUUGGGGUCAUGUUUAGGAAUAAGUUCGAGGAUUAGGAAUCAGAUUUAGGAUUAGGCUGAGAUGAAAGACUAAAGUCAAUCUGACUAAAUCUUAGUAUUUGUUUUUUUAGAGUACUUUCAAAUACACUUCCUCCUAUUGGACGAACAAAGUCAUUUACCAUGACUAUGCCUAUGGGCGAAACGGCGGUUUAGACAACCGACAAUUUAAAGGAUCGACUUAUUGGAGAACCUCAUUUAAAGAAAUUUGUGUUGGUAUGAAAUAUGGUAGUCGUUUAAGAGCCUUCUCUUUCUCGUAUCCGGCAUCAUCUCUGCAUAGCUUGAUCGCAGACGGAAACUAUCGACAAACUCGCCUUGGUCGCGCGCAGUGGAAAUCAUUGAUCAGUGGAUCAUCCUUACAGCGCAACUGCAACCAAGAGGGAUUUAACGUGGACCGAUUAACCAAGUCCCUAAUUGUAAAAGUUCGGUUGGGCAUUAUUGCAAACAAGGAAAAUGGUUGUGCUUCACCAGACUCUUUCGUAGGCCUGGGAGCUGAAGGUGGUGUGAAUUAUCCCAAGGGCUGGACAUG